AUGUGCGAGGUCUCUCCGGCGGAAAACGAGUCGAAAAGAAAUAUUUGCGAGUUUGUAAUAAAAACUCCCGGUUUUUGCGAAGAAAAAGAAAUUCGACUAGAAAUCCCAAUUCCACUCCCCGAAUACACUUAUCUGGAGGAUUGGCUCGGAAAGUUGAGAAAUCAGCCAGGAGGCAAAUUUUUGGAUUAUAAAGAUUGUAAAGAAUCCCUGCGAAAAUUCAUAUACAACGAGACAAUUUCGUUCGAAAACCGACGAACCGCCCGGAUUACAGAGGAAUCUGUGAGGAAGAAGCGGGAAAUCGGUAUGCCAUUGUUCCAACCCUGCCGAAAUCGUCGAUUUUUGGAGUCGAAAAGUGGAAAAUCGGCGAAAAAAUCGAUACAAUUCGAGGAAAAAUUCCAAUUUAUCGUUGAACAGAGUUCCAGUGAGAAUCUUUUGACACUGAUGAGAAUUGAGGUUUCUAUGAAAAAACAGAUGACUGAUAUGAUUAGAGCGAGGAAUUGGGAAGUCGAUCAACUGGCGAAACAGUGUGAGAAAUUGGUGGCAGAGACGGGAGAGACCGAUAUGCAUCCACAUAAGAUUAGUAUGCUCAAUGAGAAGUUGAGACAGGUUCACACGACGUACUCAUUCCAAGUGGCGGAUCUAUCGGAUUCUCAAAAGUCGAAAUAUCGAAAAGCGGUGGAUUCUCUUCAUACUCGUGGUAGUAUUCCAGCUGAGCUACUUGAUGACGUCAUGUUGGAUGAACAGGCGAUUCCACGACCGACGACAUCUGGAACCACUGGAAAUGGCGAUGGAGUUAAUGAGAGCUUCACGAUUUAUGUUGGAUCCCAACUGAAAUCGAUGCACAAUGUGUGUCUGGUGACAGUCGACCGUCUGACUGACCUAUGUCAGACACUUGAAGGCGAUUGGACGACGUCGAGUCGACUGGAAAUGGCGACGAAACUCUACAGUAGGACACUGAGUGGAACGACUCUUUUGGUCCCUCGUGAUCCAAUGUCUCAUAUCAAUUCGUCGUCGGAUUUCUUCAAAAUUUGUGAACAAUCCACCGAAUUACACUUUGAUAGUCUUGGAGACCAGUUGAAGAAGGUCGCUGUGGCGAACCGUUCCCGAAACUCGUGGCGUGCCGAUCAAAUCGACGACGAGGCCGCCCGUCUCCUCUCCGACGGCAAACCGGUCCCCGAACCGCCCAUCCCAACUACGGCACUCCGUCAGGACUCGACGUGUACCAUCGGUGACGUCUACAUAACGAAACACUCAAAUUUGCAUAAAGUCCAAAUUGUCUAUCAUUUAGUCGUCGAUGAGACCCUCCAAUCCGUCGAAAUUAAUAGUCGACACGCGUGUUUGGCAGGUGUUAGAAAUAUAAUUCGAACGGCGGCGAGAUAUAAUACGAGUACUGUACAUAUACCGCUCCUGUUGAUUGAUCGACCCGAUGAGAGCACUACAAUAGCGUGGUGUCUGAAGAGAGCGGAGAUGGUGUUCAAGUGUGUCAAGGGAUAUUUGAUGGAGGUAUGCAGUGGAAUGGACAUUGAAUCACUUCCCCACUACAACGUGCAUUUCGUCCUCCCAUCCGGUCUCUCACCGAAAAUUUAUUCGUCGAUAAGUCAUAUGUGUACAACGAUAUUUCAAUUGGUGCCUGGAGUCUCCUCAUGA